GAUGGGCGCCACGUAUACGGGCGCAUGGGUGCAAGGCCAUUGGCAUGGCAUUUCCAUUUUAGGACGUUGAGGAAGAAGGUCCAAAAGGGCGGAGAGAGAAGAAACGGACGAUCCAAUGGCCCUCCACUCUUCACCCGUCUUCUUCCUCUUUUGCAGAGCUUUCCCUUUCUCGCUCUAAAACUCUUUUCUCUCUCUCUCUAAAGCUCUGUGUACUAUGUGUGCACUUUAGGGUUUUUCUCUUGUUUCUCUCGGCCAUUUUUAGGGUUUGACGGUUAGAGAGAGAAAGACGGGGCCAUGUCUGUCUGAUACUUGAGGUAUGCUCCAUUGGAGAAGAGUGUGUGGUUGGUUUCUUGGCUGAGUUGUUUUUGGGUCGAAAUAGGAUCAUCGAUAAAGAGAAAAUAUCAAAGAAAAAAAAUCAUUCUUAGUGAUUGAUCAUGGCGGUGGUGGAUAGUUCCAGUGCGGAUUUAGGGUUGAAUGUUGGUUCAUCAAGUAGAAAUUUCGGUAAAGAGGAGUUGCAAGGAACCAGAUAUGAAUCAACGACUACUUCUGAUUCUCAUGGUUUGGAUGAUCCUGAUCAACAAAAUCACCAGCAUUUUUCUCAGAACCAGCAAACUUUUUCGAGCAACCAGUUUAAUUUACAACAACACAUGCACAGUGGUAAUCACAAGGUUCCGGUUUCUCAAAAAUUGGAUCACACAGGACUGCAAAGUUUGCAGGGGAUGAUGAAACCAAGGAGGAUCAAUGGCGUCGGUAUGCAUGGUGGUCAAAAUGGUGAUGUAUCAGGGGGAUUACAGGAAGGGUUUAAGAGAGAUAUGAGGGAGCUCGAAGAUCUUCUGUCUAAGCUUAACCCAAUGGCUGAGGAGUUUGUUCCUCCUUCGCUAGUGAACCAUACAUAUCCUUUUGCCAACAAUUAUAUGAUGCAGGCUCAUAAUGUAAAUGGAAAUGGAAGAAGGAAGAAGAACAGCAGUUAUAAUCAAGGGAAAAGGAGGAUAAAUAGUCGGACAAGUAUGGCUCAGCGAGAGGACUCGAUUAGAAGAACUGUAUAUGUUUCUGACAUUGAUCAUCAGGUCACAGAAGAGAGGUUGGCUGCUCUUUUCGUUAAUUGUGGACAGGUUGUUGACUGCCGUGUAUGUGGUGAUCCAAAUUCUGUGCUUCGGUUUGCAUUUGUAGAAUUUACGGAUGAGGAAGGAGCAAGGGCUGCAUUAAGUCUUGCUGGCACCAUGCUUGGUUAUUACCCAGUUCGAGUGCUGCCUUCAAAAACCGCAAUUGCACCGGUUAACCCAAUGUUUUUGCCGAAGUCUGAGGAUGAAAGGGAGAUGUGUGCAAGAACCAUUUACUGUACAAAUAUUGAUAAGAAGGUUUCUCAGGCAGAAGUUAAACUUUUUUUUGAGACAUUUUGUGGAGAGGUUUUUCGCUUAAGACUGUUAGGAGAUUAUCAUCAUUCUACCCGGAUUGCCUUCGUGGAAUUUGUACAGGCAGAAAGUGCAAUUGCUGCUUUGAACUGUAGUGGUGCUGUCUUGGGAGCUUUGCCCAUAAGGGUAAGCCCAUCAAAGACACCAGUGAGACCACGUGCUCCCCGUCCAUCGAUGCACUGAGCUGCAGCACGUAACUUAAUCGGUACAUCAGUACAUACAUAAAUAUAUUGCACCUAGAGUCGGUUGGAACUUCGAGGCUUUGGACUGAUGAAUAUUAAGAUUAAGAUGGUUGGAAUUGUUGGCAGAGAUAACUGUGUUGGGUUUCAGUUUAUGCUGCUUAAGUUAAGCAUGUUUAGAUGGAGAGGAUUCCUUAGGGAUUUCCUAAUGGGUAAAUAUAUUAAAAGUUCUCAUUUAGCUAGUCUUUUGAGAAUGUUUCGCCCGACCUGUACAUGUUUACUUGGUUAUUAUGGCUAUCUGUGCUUUCUUCUCGUUUA